UGCAGUCGCGCACGUGUAUCCGCCGAGUGAACGACGCCACGCGGUCAAAGCCGGUGUUGCUCCAGUUGCGCGUUUCUUAUUCCCUCUUCUUCGUUUUCACACGUGCAUCGAGCUGUGCCGUGGCUCGACAUGCUCCUACUGCUCAGUGCUUUUUCGGCAGUUAACGAGGAAGUAUCUCACCGUUAGUAAGUGCUCAUUCGAUACGCUGCACGGGGAACAAUGCCCGACAAAGUUGCGCCGUCCGAGAGGCAGGUUCUAAGAACCGCCAACACCGAUGACGACACGGAAGCUGUGAAAUUGAAAAAAGAACUGGGACUGUUGGACGGUGUUGCGAUCAUCGUCGGUAUUAUCGUUGGUGCCGGAAUUUUUGUCUCGCCAAAAGGCGUUUUACGAAACAGCGGCAGCGUUGGACAGGCUUUGAUCGUUUGGAUCUUUUCUGGUGUCUUAUCUCUGAUCGGCGCGCUUUGCUAUGCGGAACUAGGUACUAUGAUCCCCAAAUCUGGGGGAGAUUAUGCAUACAUUAGCGAUGCUUUUGGACCCCUACCAGCGUUCCUGUACCUUUGGGUCGCAUUGUUCAUCCUAGUCCCGACAGGAAACGCGAUUACAGCUCUAACGUUCGCACAGUACAUUCUGCAACCAGUUUGGCCGGAUUGCGUGCCACCUUAUGCCGCAGUUAGACUACUUGCAGCUGUUAUUACAUGUUUGCUGACUGCUAUCAAUUGCUACAAUGUAAAAUGGGCGACUAGGGUGCAGGACAUCUUCACUGGAACAAAAAUUUUUGCAUUAUUGAUCAUCAUGGCCGCUGGUCUCUGGUGGCUCUGCAUGGGCCACACGGAGAAUUUCCGGCAUCCUAUGGACGGGACCAAUACACAGCCCGGUUACAUUGCCUUGGCUGUUUACUCAGGGCUAUUUUCUUAUUCCGGAUGGAACUACCUGAACUUCGUCACCGAAGAACUGAAAGAUCCAUACAAGAAUCUUCCAAAGGCAAUUUGUAUAUCGUUGCCAUUGGUGACUGUAAUUUACGUUUUGGCGAACGUUGCUUACUUCGUGGUGCUUACACAGGAUGAAAUACUUGCAUCGGAUGCUGUCGCCGUUACGUUCGGCGAUAAAUUACUGGGCGUUAUGUCUUGGAUAAUGCCAUUUUUCGUCGCCUGUUCAACCUUCGGGGCGUUGAACGGUGCAAUAUUCGCAUCGUCACGAUUGUUUUUCGUUGGAGCUCGCAACGGUCAUUUACCCGCUGCUAUCGCCCUCAUCAAUGUCCGAAACUUGACGCCGAUGCCAUCUCUAAUCUUUCUUUGCAUUAUCACCCUGGCACUUCUGAUCAUAGAGGAUGUCUACGAGCUAAUCAAUUAUGUCAGCUUCGUUGAAGCUUUAUUCACUACACUCUCCGUAUCUGGUCUCCUCUGGCUUCGUUAUAAAAGCCCGGAUCGUGAACGACCGAUAAGGGUCUCAAUUGUGUUACCAAUUAUAUUUUUCGUAAUCUGUGCUUUCCUGGUUACAUUUCCUUGCUAUGUGUCACCGUGGGCAGUUGGAGUAGGAGUGAUAAUCAUUUUAUCUGGCAUUCCCGUGUACUGGAUCUUUAUUUAUUGGAGAAAGAAGCCCAAAUGGCUUAUAAUGUCGUCUCAUAAUCUCAACAUGGCAUGUGCGAAAUUGUUUAUGUGUGUUCAAGAGGUGAAAAGCGAUUGAUCGUUAAAUGCCUUUUUAAUGUUAUAUAUAUUUAAUAUUAGUAGUGCCUUGUAAGUUGACUGAAAUUUCGCCUUACAAGUUCACACACACAUACACGCACAGAUAAUUGGAGACUUGCAAUUUGGUACUGACUGCAUGGAAUGACGUAUUUAAAAUAAACAAACGUAUGAUAUUGCAAUAGCCAGGUGCCGCCAUUACUCGGUGUUGGUUUUUAAGCGUUAUUUCCGUAAAGAUAUAAGAAUAAAAUGUGUGAAAGAGCUAAAAGAGCAAUAUCGCAAUAAAAAGAAAACACUGCCAUACGGGCCCCUUAUCUGAUCGCGCAUGCGCAUUAACGCAAUAAGUGUAGCGUAUGUUAUGAUACGCAUUGUGUAGGUCACACUAAUGUAUUGUCAUAUUUAGUAUAUAUUUGCAUACAAUUCAGUUUUAAAUUUUGUAAUUUAUCGUAUAUUAAGAAAACGCAACUCCCGGGAAUUGUGAAGCUUUUAUAUUUCCCACAGUAAAAAUUUUCGAAAGAUCGCGCGCAAUACUACCAACGAACGAAUGCGCAUAUGCGAUUAGACAAGGAUACGAAAUACAAGGAACCUUUAUGUAAUAUUUUCUUUCUAUUCCAUUUUACACACUACAUAUUAUAUACUUGUCUUUAUGGAAGAAGCAUACUAUAUGGCAUGCUCACAAAUAUGGUCUCGAUCAAUUAUCGAAACAAUGGUGUAAUUUCAAAUGAAGUAGGCACAACAUUCCAAGUAAACAUAUGUGCUGUUUUAUAUUGAAUGCAUAUACAUACACAGUCGCUACCACGAUACAGUGAGGUUAUAAAAUCCUUCAAAAACACUUUAAGAGAGCUGCAAAAGUCUUACAACACUUUAGAAGAACUAAUGACAUAAAAUUUUAUUUAGAACUGCAUGAAGAAAUGCAUUGACUGCUGGUUCUUAAGGGUUUAAAUUAUAACCCUGCCAUGCCCUGAUGACGAUUAUUCAUAACGAAUGAAUCAUGCGUGAUAUUCAUUGAAUAGGUCAAUUAACGGAUUCACCAGUUACAUACAAUAACGAAUUAUACAUAUAUAUUAUAAUAAAUGUGUUAAUUUGGUAAAUGUAUUCACACGCAAUGAAAAAGAUUUUAUUAAAACAUAUGUCGCAGCGAAUAUAUGCAGUCUUAAAACGAAUACAUUUACUAAUUAUAAAAAUCAUAGGCAGUUUAUAAUUUUUGCUAAAAUCUUACAUAAAUAUUAGCUGUAGGAUAUAAUUCAGGAAAUAGAAUAGGAAAUAAUCAUUAUCACUAUCAGAUUAUGGCGCUAUUUUUUGUAUCCACUGAAGCGCGGGAAAAUAUUUAAAUUUACAAUACAUACACGUAUUGACUUUGAAGUGCAUGUAUUUACUAAAUCUUACGCUUUUACAGUGACAUAUACAUCGAUUUACAAGAUAUAAUAUGCAUCUAUUUUAAGUGAUUUAUAUCAUGUUCAGUUUUAUUUUAAAAAAUCUUAAUGAGCAUCCGUUGUAGUAUAGGAAAAGCAAUUGUGUAAUCAAUAUUAUUUAAUUUUUUUAAAUUUAUAGUUACAGUCCAGUGGAUAGUUAAAUGAGAUUGAUGUGUAUUGAAUACUUUUGUAUAUAUUCAUAAUUUAAUAUUAAAAAAGAAAACUAGUUCAAGCCAUUACUUAAGAGUUUGCUUCAACUUAUGUUUUAGUUCAUUUUAUUAAUAUUUAUGUUAUUUAGUUAUACCAAUUUAACACCGAAGAAUACUUUGCACUCUUAAUCGGAAUUGUUUAUCGUAUUUUAUAGAUAAAUUGUAACUGUUGGACCAUAAAACUGCGAGAAGUAUUCAUCUUGCAAAAUAAAAAAGUAAAAUUGAUUGACAAUA